AUGACAACAAAAGCCAGUAAGUCUACGGACCCAGUCAGCGAUAGUGAGUCUGAUGACUCCCUAUCGCAGACUGAGAGCUGGGACGACGUCGAGGCGGACGAGGAGACGCAAGAGGUGAUUUCACUCCUUGACGACCGCGUCUUUCCCGAUGUGGUAUCGAUGUUGGCGCACUGCAAGGAGCAGCACUCGUUUGAUUUUCUGGGGAUCCGUCAACGGCUUCAGUUGGACUUUCAUGGGUGUGUCAAGUUGGUGAAUUACAUCCGUCAACACGUGCACGAGGGUCUCCCCGUCACAGAGCAAAUCGCAAAGUCAGACUUCGAAAGCGACGAGUAUCUCAAGCCAGUCCUCGAAGACGACGCCGUCAUUAUCGGCCUCUUCGACCUGCCUGACGUCGUGCCGGAGGGAGUACUACCGUCUCAAGUUCAGGAUGGUGAUGCCGCGCCCUUAGUUAACAGCCUCCUAAAGCGCAACACGGAGCUCCAGGACGAGCUGGCCCGCAUCUCGGCCCAGUUCGAGAGCUACCGUGCCACUGUCUCGCAGACGCUUGACCAGCGUUGGGGCGAUGUAGAUCAGGCCGAGGCAGAGGCGAAGGCUGCUGGAAAGACUGCGAAGGGUCCGGAAAAGCCAGAGGACGCGUCGAAGUAUUACUGGGAGUCGUACGCUGGUAAUGAUAUCCACGAGACUAUGCUAAAGGAUACGGUCCGUACUGAUGGGUACCGGGACUUCAUCUACAACAACAAGCAUCUCUUUGCUGGAAAGACGGUACUUGAUAUUGGCUGCGGUACAGGCAUCCUCUCCAUGUUCGCCGCCCGCGCAGGCGCCUCCCGCGUCCUCGCCGUCGACGCCUCCGACAUAAUCGACAAAGCGCGCGAGAACGUCUUCCACGCGGGCCUCUCUUCCACCAUCACCCUGAUCAAAGGCAAAAUGGAAGAAGUCGUCCUCCCCGUUGAUAAAGUCGACAUCAUCGUCAGCGAAUGGAUGGGAUACUGUCUCCUCUACGAAGCCAUGCUCCCCUCGGUCCUCUACGCCCGCGACCGCUACCUCAAACCCGACGGUUUGCUCGUGCCCGGAACGUGCAACAUGUGGGUCGCCCCUGUGGCCGACUCCGAGUACGUCAUGGAUUCUGUGGGAUUCUGGCGCGAUGUGUAUGGUUUCGAUAUGAAGGCCAUGCAGUCGGGUAUCUGGGACGACGUGCGUGUGUUGCACUGGCCCAAGACCAGCGUCUGCGGCGAGCCGGUAGGCAUUCAGGUCCUGGAUUUAUACACCAUCAAGCCCACGGACCUGUCCUUCGCCGCGAAGUGGAAGUCAACUCUCACCGACGACAUUGACGCCCUCGACGGCUUCCUGGUCUGGUUCGACAAUUUCUUCGCCCCCACCCGCGAGAAUCAAGGCGUGGAGCUGCAGUCUACGGCAGAUGAAUGGGCCAAGGUCGGCAAGGACCGCGUUGCAUUCACGACGGGGCCGUAUGGCAAGGAUACGCACUGGAAGCAAGGGUUAUUGCUGAUCAAGCAGAAGGAAGAUGAUUCCAAGGCGACGGCGUUGAAGAAGGGGGAUGUGCUCGAGGGCGAUAUCACGUUUGCGCCGCCAGCGGAUAUGCCCAGGGGUUUGGUUAUCAAGACGAGCUGGAAGGCGUCCGGGGAGGAGAAGGCGCGGACGCAGUCUUGGAGUAUGAAGUAG